GGGGCUGGCCUUGCAGCGUGCAGCGGCAUGGAGGUGCACGGCGACCCCCGGGACCCCGCGAGCUGCUCUCCGGCCGCCCGGGACUGCGCGAGGGUCUCGGUGUCCCAGGAGCUGCUGACUGCAGGGAGUGGCGGCGCAGGUAUAUGGGACAAGCUGCUCAUCAACUCCAAGCCUAAAUCCGAAAAGAAUUCCACUCUUCAGACGGUUCGAAUAGAGCGGAGCCCCUUGUUGGACCAAGUGCAGAGCUUCCUCCCGCGGAUGGCUGAGGCCAACGAAAAGCUGAGGAAAGACAUGACCACCGCCCCGCCCGGCCGUUUCGAUAUUGAGAACAUUGAUGGGACUCUGGGGAAAGUCAUCCAGAUGGACGUGGCCUUGUUCGAGAUGAGUCCUGAUUCCAAAGAAGAGGACAGCUCAGAAGAGAACUCGUUGGACAGCUCCGAAUCCGAGGACGAGGAGGACGACCCGUCCCCCGAGGUCACCAUAGACAACAUCAAGCUCCCCCAGUCCCACAGUGGGAAAGGCAAGAUAGAAGUUCUGGACAGUCCGGCCACCCAGACGACAAAAUAGGGGCAUCAGCGCCCUGGGGGGCCAGAGCGGAAGUUGUUUGGCCCGUUUGGGGAAAGCAGGUGGCCUGCCCUGGUGUCCACCCUGGUAGGAGGCCCUGGUGUGCUGGGUUGGUCAUGUCCACUCGCAGCCGCCUCAUUUCCAGGAGAAGCGGAAGCUGGCUGUUCUAGUGCCGGGGGCGCUUCUGCGGAGACCCCCACUGACUGCAGCCUCUGGAGGUUCAGAAGGCGCAGCUUGGUGUCUGAUGAUGAGUGGACAGUGUGGACAGCCUUUCGGCACAGACAUGGACAAGCACAUUCAGACACAGACAGCCCUUCAGCACUGCCCGGGCUUCAGAAACACCAAGCUGCUUUUUAAAUCAAAAUACCUGUGGGUUUCGUGAUCGGGUGAAACAACCGAGCUUUUAAUUGUUUAAAUAUUAUGAAGUGAAAUGGAUUUGUAACGGUCAGGCUUUCCAGGAGGGAGACUUCAAGUGCAGAAGACUUUUCUAAAGAAGAGGGUCGCUUGCGUUUGUCUGUUCUCGGGAGGCGGGGCGGGGGGCGGAGCCGCUGGAAAACUCGCCCUCAGCGAUUCGUACCCUCUCACCACUGUAGAAUUUCCUGGCUGGAAAAGCUGUGGGGUCUUUGUUUUGUUUUGUUUUGAUAAACCAAGUGUUGAUUUCGUUCAGUGUCAUCUUUUAAAACUCUUGGCUGCUUACUCCAAUUUGAAACGUAUCAAAUGUAGAAAAUCAGGACACUAAUAGGGAGAAAAUGAGGGUGCAAAAAAACAGCUGGUUUCUGCCCUUAGAAGAGUCAAGAUGGUACCACA